AUGUUAGAAGACUUGGAAAAAAAAGUAACACUUCACAAGGACACAAUUUAUAAAGGUAGAAAGAUUACUACUUACAUAUAUGCUAGAACUGCUCUUAUUGCACUACUACACAUCCACACUAAGGGGAAAGAUUUGGUGAGGCCGGGUAUGACCCGUUUUGCAACUUCUUACCUUACUUUGGGAUGUCUCAAUGACAACAAAGGUUCCUUAAUAAGAAUGUUUCUUUCUGAUCAAUGGACUUCUAGUAAAUUUGCAAAGACAAAAGAUGGAAAGAUAAUUGCAAGUGUAGUGUUAGAUAAGGUGUUUUGGAAGGAAGUCGUAAUUUGCUUGAGGGCUGCCUACCCUCUUCUUCAUGUGCUUCGUAUGGUGGAUUCAGAAGAAAAGCCGGCAAUGGGAUUUAUUUAUGAAGAAAUGACAAGUGCAAAGAAAAAAAUACGAGAUGCAUUUCAAGGAGUUGAGACAAGUUAUAUACCUAUUUGGGACAUUAUUGAUGCAAGAUGGGGCAACCAACUUCAUAGGCCAUUGCAUGCUGCAGGCUAUUAUUUGAAUCCUCAAAUUCAUUAUAGCUCUGGUUUUAAAAUUGCUUAUGAGCUUAAGAAGCAGUUUUAUGCUUGUAUGGAAAGGAUGACAGGAAAUCCAGAUUUAAUCACUAAGAUGGAUGUUCAACUUGAAGAUUUUAAGACUCGAAAAGAGUUUUUUGGUAGUAAAGUAGCUCAAAAUGCAAUUAAUUCUAAUAGUUUGGUUGGUUUAUUUGCUACUUGA